AUGGCGCAAGCAUUCAAAAUCCAGCCUUCUGGAAGCAAACCUGACCUCAGGAGAGUCGCGGAAGAAACCAAAGCUCUGCUGCCCGGGGUAUUGGCACUGAAGCCUCAGGCUCCCCCAGAUGGACACUAUUGCCCGUACGCGAAGAUGGCUCCCUUGAAUUUCAAGUUCCAUCCGAACCUGGUUGCGAAGGUCAAGGUCAUCAACGGCGACACGUUCGAUAUAGCCAGUGCGCUUUCGAGUUCAGGUCCUUCCAGCGCCCACCACGCAAAACAUGUAUGCGUCCUGAACAUGGCCAACCAGACGAACCCUGGAGGAGGCUGGCUCAAUGGAGCCAUGGCCCAGGAGGAGGAACUCUGUUAUCGAAGUAGCCUUAGCUUCACUCUCAAGAGACGACACUACCCCAUGGGGAGUCACGACGUUUUGUACGCCCCAAGUGUCGUCGUCUUCCGUGAGAAUUACAGCAAGGGCCACAGGCUCAUGAAUUUACAGAAGCCUGACCAGCUCCCUGUUGUCAGCGUGAUCAGCGUGGCUGCGAUCAGAGAUCCGGAGUUGAUCUCCGGGGCUGCUCUUUCGAAAUACCGAUACGCCGCCGAUCGAGACUUGAUGAAGGCCAAAAUGCGCUCUGUGCUCCGCGUGGCGGCUUUCAAUCGGCACCGACGGCUAGUCUUAGGCGCGCUUGGCUGCGGUGUUUUCGGUAAUCCCAAUAAUGAGGUCGCCGACUGUUGGAUGGAAGUUCUGCAAGAGAACGAGUUCCAGGGCUGGUGGGAGUCGAUCGUGUUCGCCGUCUUAGACAACAUGGUGAGCCCCGGCUCGAAUUUUGAGGUAUUCUACGGCAAACUGCAUGGACUGAGGGUGUGA